AUGUCUUCUGGCUUCUUUCAGGUUGCACAGGUUGUCGCCAGGGCCCUUGGUCCUGUUCCAAAAUACCAGCUCAACCCCAAGAACGAUGAUACUUCCAAAGAGACCGGUGUCAUCGAAGACCUGCGACACUUGAACUUCAAAGACGUCAAAACGUUUAAGGAUGUCUUAGUAUCUACAAUUACCGGGGAAGAAGAUGACGACACCCUCUUACAAGAACGUCUCGUUGCUCUACUAGCCAAGCUUCCACCUCACUCCCAUGCAGGUAAACAGGCUACCGACGUCUUCAUCAACUCGCUAUGGAAUGGACUUAAACAUCCUCCAGCUCAAGUCAGGAACGGGGGAGCUCCUUAUCGUGAAGCAGAUGGCUCAUGCAACAACCUCGAUCUCCCUGCCAUGGGAGCUGCUAACACGAACUACGCAAGAACUACCCCUGCUCUGUAUUUCCAGGACCCAAACUUGCCGGAUCCUGGACUCCUCUUCGAUAGCCUUAUGAAUAGAGGAAACGGAGAAUCGUUUCGGGAGCACCCUAACAAGAUAUCUAGCAUCUUAUUCUAUCUUGCUACAAUUAUCACCCAUGACAUAUUUCAAACAGAUUCCAAAAAUCAAGAUAAUAACCUGACUUCAUCUUAUCUCGAUCUCUCACCUUUAUAUGGCCGGAACGCCGAAGAGCAAAAGAUGAUGCGGACUUUCAAAGAUGGAUUACUCAAGCCAGAUUGUUUCUCGUCUGUCAAUCCGUACGGCUUUCCUCCUGGGAUAGGGGUGUUUUUGAUCAUGUUCAAUCGAUUCCACAACCAUGUUGUCACUCAACUCGCAGCGAUCAACGAAGGAGGUCGUUUCAAAAAACCGACUUCUACUGAUGAUAAAAGUAAGGAUGCUUGGGAGAAGUAUGACAAUGAUCUAUUCCAAACAGGACGGCUUAUCACCUGUGGCCUUUACGUCAACAUCGUUCUGAAAGAUUACGUUCGGACGAUCCUGAAUUUGAACCGUACAAAUUCAACUUGGUGUCUCGAUCCCCGGACACAAGAGAAGAAGAACGCAUUCAACAGCAAACCUGCUGCGGAGGCUACUGGCAACCAAGUCUCGGUCGAGUUCAACCUUCUCUAUCGAUGGCACAGUGCAUUGUCGAAACGAGAUGAGAAAUGGGUGACUGACGAAUUCCGCGAAGUGCUUGGUGGUGCCGAUCCUGCAAAGGCAGGCUAUGAGGAGGUGUUGAAGGCUCUAGGCAAAUUUCGGGACAGUAUCCCUAAUGAUCCAGUCGAACGCGUAUUUGCCAAACUUAAGAGGGGUGAUGAUGGUACAUAUUCCGAUGAUGAUCUCGUCGAAAUUCUGUCAUCCUCUAUCGAGGAUGUCGCGGGCGCGUUUGGUGCCAACCAGGUCCCCAGCGCUUUCCGAGUGAUUGAGAUUCUUGGGAUCAAACAGGCGAGAAAAUGGCAUGUAGCCACAUUGAACGAAUUCCGGCAGCACUUUGGCAUAAAGAAAUAUGCGACGUUCGAGGAGAUCAACCCGGAUCCGGCUGUUGCCAGUAAGCUCAAGGCCUUGUACGAUUCGCCUGACUCGGUUGAAUUAUAUCCGGGCCUCGUAAUCGAGAAAACUAAGCCGCCUAGGGAUGGUAGUGGGCUAUGUGCGAACUAUACCACAAGUCGGGCGAUUCUUUCUGAUGCCGUGGCGCUUGUCCGUGGAGAUCGAUUCUAUACCACUGACUAUACCCCUUCAAACUUGACGAACUGGGGGUAUACCGAGGCCGAGUUCGAUCUGGAGGUCGACCAAGGACAGGUGAUGCACAAGCUGAUACUACGUGCAUUCCCGUUCCACUUCGAGAGCAAUAGUAUUCAAGCACACUUCCCCUUCGUCGUACCUUCAGAGAACAAGGCUAUCCAUGAUAAGCUUGGAACGUCUGGACUAUAUUCGUGGGAUAAACCAACUAGGAAGUUGAACCCUGUAGUAAUCAAAUCUCACAAGGCUGUGAUCCAAGUCUUGAAUAACGAUAAAGACUUCUGCGUCCCCCGAACCGAAAAGGUAUCCCACACCUCCAGGUCACUCGGGAAAUCCUUUGAAAAUGGCUUUCACCUACCAGGCGACGGCCUGGCUAAUGACCAGAGCCGCAAGCACGUAAAAGAGUUUAUCUACCAGCCAAAGGGGUGGGAAGCAGAGAUCAAACACUUCUUCGACCAAACCACCAAAAGUCUACUAAAGAAGGCUAGCCAGAAGCUGUCGCCUACCCCUCUCAAGGCUGGGGGAACAAAUCCAGAAUUCGAGGUCGAUAUCGUCAGGGAUGUUAUCAUUCCGCUUAACACGCGCUUCAUCGCGGAGUUCUUCGCCCUGCCGAUCAAAACGGCGGAGACUCAUCCCCACGGCAUCUACUCGGAGCAUGAGUUACACGAACUGCUUACAGCUGAAUUCUCAAACGUCUUCUUCAACAGUGACCCCGUCAACUCGUUCAAGUUGCGGUCCAAGUCACGCGAACUUAUCCUGGAGCUGGAGAAGCUGGUGCGGCUUGAGGUCGAGGCGAAUGCGAACGCCGGCUGGGUUGCUAGUAUCUUCUCCCACCUAGGCUUCGGGUCUGCUGCUAGAGACAAACAUCAUGCUGUGCAUGGGAAAGGUUGGCCCGGGUUACCGCACUAUGGUCAGCACCUGCUCUCUCGAAUGACGAAGAAGAAAGGGAAGACGGUCGAGGAAUACGUUGCCGGGACAGUUAUGCCCGCUAGCGCUGCUGGGGCCACGAUAAUGACGGGUCUGCUUUCGCUGUGUCUGGAUUACUUCCUAGGGAAAGGCAGAUCGCAUCUACCGAAGCUAUACAAUCUAGCUCACGAGAACACCGCCAAAGCCGAUGAGAUCUUAUUACACUACAUGCUAGAAGGCAUCCGCCUCCACCACACCCUCAUCCAAACCCGCACCCUCUCCCGCACCAGCGCCCCCCAAAAAAUCACCGACGACGCCCCCUGCCUCCCCUCCCCCUCCGACCCGACAAGCCCAUACCCGAUCCCGAACCUCGCCUCCAACCGCGCCGCGGGCCAGCGCACAUACACGCUCGCCCCAGGCCAACCCGCCGUCCUCGACCUCGUAACCGCGUCUCACGACAGCCAAGCCUACACCUCGCCAGAGGAGCUACGGCUCGACCGCUCGCUGUCCUCGUACCUGUUCUGGGACCCGCACGCGCACGCGUGCUUAGGCGAGGACAUGACGCGCGUCGCGCUGCUAGCUGCCUUUAAGGCGGUUCUGGGCUAUACGACGCCGAACUUGCGCCGCGCGCCGGGGCCGCGGGGCGAGAUCAAGAGUCUGGCUUACGAGCCGUGGCGCGGACAGGUCGGACGCGAGGACGGCGAGGGGGGGUGGGAUGAGUGGACUGGGUUAAGGAGGUAUAUGACGAUGGACCAGAGCGCGUUCGCUCCUGUGCCGUGUAGUAUGAAGGUUAGGUGGGGUGGGACGGGGGCUGAUGGAUGA